UUUUGUUGCAACUAAAAUUUUGAACCAACGACUCAAAUCUGAAUCAAUCAUGACCACAAGUCUGCUCAGCCGUAUGCAAAUUGAUAGAGAUCUUCGACGAUCAACAGAACAUGUUGAAAUAGUACCACAAGAAACAUGUGUACAUCAUGAAUCACCCGACUCAGUUUUAACUGAAUGUGCAACAAUGUCAACGUCAACACACGUAAUGCCAAACUCUUCCUCAACAAUCUCGAAAUCAGCAACAGUGGUCUCACCACGAAGAGCAAGUGAAAUACCAGGAACAUCUGUACCAAAUAAAUAAAUUCAACAAUCUUUUUAUUUUGAUUUUUGAUGCUUCUUUCAAUGUUUGCUCUGCGGGCUUUUACAUUUCAGAAUCGCUAGUUCCAUUUUCUUUUUUUUUAUGUUUCGCAUUAAAUAUAACAACUACUAUUUGUCUUUUUAUAGUCACGUAUUAGUCUAUCUCUUCUUUGACUCGAAAAUAAAAAAUUUCGUUU